AUGGCCCUCAGCCUUCUGCGAAACAGGAGUGCUAUUGCACUUGCCCGUAGACCGGCUCUUGUUACUGUUCAACGUAUCGCUUUUGCCCCCGGAAAUUAUGUCACACCGGCAAAAGGUGAGAAACCAGUUAACCCUAAAGAAGUUGACCCGAAAGAAAAAGCUCGGAGUAUUAUUGACUCACUUCCAGGCAAUAGCCUCAUCUCGAAAACCGGGUAUUUCACCGUGGGUGCUGGUCUACUGACAUAUGCCAUCUCAAAAGAGAUAUACGUGUUGAAUGAGGAAACAUUAGUUGUGAUAGCAUUCAUUGGAUUAUGUUCGGCUAUCGUCAAGUAUGGCAAGGAGCCUCUUGUUGAAUACUUUGCGGAAAGAGGGAAUCGUAUCAAUAAACUUUUGCAAAAUGCUCGUGAAGCACAUAAAGUUGCUGUCAAAGACAGAAUUGACUCGGUCUCACAAUUGGGUGAUAUUGUUGAGGUGACAAAAGGCUUGUUUGCACUUUCUAAAGAAACCGCUAAACUCGAAGCUGAAGCUUUCGAACUAAAACAAAAAGUUGAGGUUACCGCGGAAAUCAAAUCAGUGUUAGAUUCUUGGGUUCGUUACGAGACUGCAGUGCGUGCUCGCGAACAGCGUGCUCUCGCUAAUGCUGUUAUUGAAAAAGUCAAGCAGAGUUUGCAAGAUAAUAAAACGCAACAACAAAUUUUGAACGAAUCGCUAGCAGAAAUUGAAAGCAAAGCUCGUUGGCAAGAUUUGAGUAUCUCUGAACUCUGA